GCCCCUUUGCUAAGGAAAGUAAAUAAGGUCCUUGAAGAAUUUUGCCUACGUUCCACCUUAACUACCACUCCGCGGGUGGGGCUGCUGCCUAGGGUGUGACUAGGCAAAUGUUACCCUAUGAGGUAGGGAAACGAGACCAGUCUGUGAGUGAAGGAUAGGGUAUCCCUGUUAGGGGCGUGGCUUGCGGAUCCUCGCUUUCCCGCCGACGGUUGGCCACGUCACGUGACAUGGGCUGGAAGAUGGCGUCUCCCACAGACGGGACGGAUUUGGAAGCAUCUUUGCUAAGUUUUGAGAAACUUGACCGUGCCUCGCCAGAUCUUUGGCCAGAACAGUUACCAGGUGUUGCUGAAUUUGCAGCUUCUUUCAAAAGUCCCAUCACAAGCUCUCCACCGAAAUGGAUGGCUGAGAUAGAGCGUGAUGACAUCGAUAUGUUAAAAGAACUGGGGAGUCUCACCACGGCUAACCUGAUGGAGAAGGUACGAGGCCUCCAGAACCUGGCCUACCAGCUGGGGCUGGAUGAGUCCAGAGAGAUGACAAGGGGAAAAUUCUUGAACAUUCUAGAAAAGCCCAAGAAGUAGCAACUGCUCAUGGACUGGUGUUCUGAAGACUGUAAUCAAGUUCCCUUCCACAUGCAACUCUGAUGUCCACCACCUGCUUCCUGGGGAAAGGCUGGAGACGGAGCUUCAGGACUGCCCUGGUCCUGGCCCCUGGCACCCUGCGCCUCUGAGGACAUUAGGUAGAAGAGGAGAGUCUGUUCUAACCAAGGACCAUUGCUGUUUGCUGCGUCUGCUCCAUAGCUCUGGACAUUGGUGACACAGGGCAUGCCAUUCUGAAAGGAGCUCUGGGAUCAUAUAGUUCCUUUAAUUCUGUAAUAGCACAGUUAGAAGUGACUCGUUGGUUGAAUGGGUUGUGUUGAGUUCUACUUGAUCUCUUAAGCAUUCAUGAUGUGGACAUCAGAGACCAACUAUGUUCCUAUGCAUCCUGACCUGUGACCUCUCCAAGAUCUGUGGAUUCCAUGACUUCCAUUCCAGAGGACACAUUAGGAUCUUGUUGAAAUGCACAUCUGCUUUUUGAAGUCCAUACCUCCAAUGACACUUCGGCCCUCAGCACUGUCCCGGUCCCCACCUCCCAGUCCCACUCGCAGGUCUGACUCCAAACAAGAACUCUUGCAGUGACUUUCCUGGGAUUAGCUGUAGAAUGAUUGGCUCAUGCUGUGUCACUUUGAGUCCUAGACCUUCAGACCAGUGAGAAGGUAACAGAAGGAACUCUGGGUAGUCUGUUACAUUUGUAAGGAAAAAAGUGGGAGGACAUGGUUGUGAGAGUCCCCACGUGACUGAAGACAGGAAGCCUGACUGACUGGUGUGCUAGCCAAUGGUAGUGGCAUUUGUCCCCUCCUUCCCCUCUCAGCCACUUAUCAGACGCUUUGCUUAUGUGAUAAGAACACACCCCACGAAAGUGUCCUGGCUUAACUACAACUCUCACAGAUUUUUUUUUAAUUUAUUAUUAUUAUUAUUUGCUAGUUGUAAAGUCUGAAAGUCUUGCCCAUGGGUAAAAUCAAUUAGGCCUUGUCUCUCACAUUUUGAAAAGUACAGAGAGUUCCUUGGGCAUUGUAGAAAGAAAAGCUCUGUGGCCAUCGUCUACUGGGAGUGUGGACACAGGAAAAGUUGUGGUCAAGUUUGUGGUCUUGUAUCUGUUAGGCCACAGUACUCUUGGGUCCACAGCAGAUCCCUUGACCGGUUUUUGACAUUUCUGCUUAAUGCCAGAAUUGAUGUUGGAUUUUUUUUCUCCCCUCAUUAAUGGUUUUGAUCAACACAUUUUACUUUUUGAAAGGAAAAGGCAAUGAAAUAUAUACCACAAAAUAUGAAUAUGAAAAGAUAUGUAUUCUGUUGGGUUACUCCCUACAAGGGCCAGUUGAUUUUAAGCUUAAGUCUAUAAUUGACAUUUUUCAAUCGCACUGAAUGCAGUUAAAGUGAGUGUGUACAAGUGGUCGGGAAAUAAUACCAUAAUGUCAAUUUUUGUUCUUCACUCUAUUUUUGAGAGUUGAUGGCAUCAGGCACUUUUCAGAGUUUGGGGACUGUGGAGAAUACUGGGCUAGCUCCCCAAACUAAUGCAAGUCUGUAAUAGGAAGCCAGGAGUUGGUGUUUUGAUCUGCUAUGGCCUCCUCCUGUAGUUCUAUUCACCAGCACUUAAUUAAUGUAAGUAGAUGUUUUAGACUUGUGGUAUUUAUUGUUUUGUAUUGUCAUCCUUAGAAAUAUUAAUGGUGUAUUUUUAUAUUGAUAAUAUAAACUUAUGUAUAGUAUGUAUAUGUAUUUUAGAAUGUUAGAGAUACUUUGUGUAUAAUGUUGUGUCUCCAUAAUAAAUAUGUCCCUUGUAUAAGA